AUGGAUAUGGAUUUGGAAGGAUUUGGAGAUUUACUCCAGAAAGCAGAACAACUCACUGCUGAAAUGGAUAGUGGUACUGAUUUGCCUCAUGUAGAUAGAAAUUUGCAACAGAUAUUAGAAGCUGGAAGUAGAUUGUUGUCUAAAACAGCUCCAGUAAGCCAAGAUGCAACUGAUGUAAAAGCAUCAAUUCUACUGGGUUCUAAAGGUUACAAUGUACCAAAGAUAUCUGAAAAGUUAGAAGGAUUAAGUGCUAUGAAAACCUUUGAACCUUUAGAGCCAGUUAGAGAUACAGAUAUACAAGGUUUUUUAAGAAAUGAAAGGGAAAAUGCAUUGUUAGCUGUUAUUGAACAAACCAGAAAACAUACAUUUGAAGAGGUAGAGAGAAGACAAUGGGAAUCAUUAGAAAAUGAAUGGGAGAGAGAAAAACAGAAAAUAUUAAAUACUUUAUUGGGUUCUGGUCAAGAAACCUUAGAUUUUCAACCUGAGGCAGAGAGUUUUAUUGGAGAUUCUGUGUUUACACAAGGUAGAAGUAAUUUAGAUCAUAUAGAAACAGCUUAUGCUAGACAGGUAUAUGUAUAUAAUGAACAGGUUAUUGAAGGUGGUAUCAGACAUAGUUUAGUUGAUAUGUUCUAUGAAGUGGCUAAGAGUUUUGAUGACAAGAAUGUAACAGAUCUAUGGGAGAUGAUGAAGUGUAUGAUAGAAGUUCCAUUUGGUAGAACAGGAGAUUCUAUAUCUAAUAUUAGAUCUGAUAAACGAAUACAAGCAGCUUUUGUUGAAAAUGCCAAACAUUAUUUAGAACAAACAUAUUUAAAGUAUAUAACAACAACUAUUUAUGGUAAUUUACAACAAGCACAGCUAGGAGGUGUACCUGGAACCUAUAAUCUUGUUAAAAGUUUUCUGAAAGUUCGACCAGCAGUUAUGAGAGAAGCUGAAGAUUUUGUUCUAGAUGGCCAACCAGUAUGGGCUAUAAUAUAUUACUGUAUAAGAUGUGGUGAUCUAAAGGCAGCAGAAGAUGUUGUUAAAAAAGCUGCUCACAAAUUAGGUGAUUUCCCAGCGUUUUAUAGAGAAUAUGUACAGUCUGAUGGACAUAGACUAUCACCUGGUAACUAUACUAAAAUUAAACUGCAAUACAGAAGAGUUGUGAAGAGCAGCACAGAUCCAUAUAAAAGAGCUGUGUACUGUGUAGUAGGACAAUGUGAUUCUACUGAAGAUCAUAAUGAAGUAUCAGAUAAAAUAGAUGAUUAUUUAUGGUUGAAAUUAUCACAGAUACAGUUUGAACCUGAUGAGACUGGCCAGGAUCAAUUUACUCUACAAAAACUUCAAACUUUAUUAUACGAAGAUUUUGGUGAAAAUCAUUUCAAUGGGUAUCAACAACCAUUUAUGUACUUCCAAGUCCUAGUUUUAACUAGUCAAUUUGAAGCUGCUAUAGAAUUUUUAUCUAGAUUAGAAAGGCUAAGAUGUCAUGCUGUACAUGUAGCUUUAGUUUUAUUUGAAUUAAAACUUUUACUGUUGCCAAAUAAUUCACAGUCACAAUUGUUAACAAAGGAUGCUGGAGAUCAAGCACCAAUGAGAAGAAUAAAUCUAGCCAGAUUGAUUAUGAUGUAUACUAGGAAGUUUGAAGCUACUGAUUCUAGAGAGGCUUUACAAUACUUCUACUUUUUGAGAAAUUUAAAAGGAGAGAAUUUGUUUAUAUCUUGUGUUAGUGAAUUAGUGUUAGAAACUAGAGAGUUCGAGAUGUUAUUAGGUAAACUAGAGAGAGAUGGAAGUAGGAAGCCUGGUGCUAUAGAUAAAUUUAAAAUUGAUACACAUAAAAUAAUUAAACAUGUAGCAGAAGAUACAGAAACUAAAGGAUUAUUUGAAGAUGCUAUUAGAUUAUAUGAUUUAUCUGAGAAUCAUGAUAAAGCUCUAUCAUUAAUGAAUAAAUUAUUAAGUCAAGUUGUACCUCAGCCUUCAUCACCACAGAGUAAUAGAGAUAGAUUAAAAAACAUGGCAAUAGGAAUGGCAGAAAGAUAUAGAAAGAUGCAGCACACAGCAACAACUUCAAACACCAAUACAUUUUAUCUUUUAUUAGAUUUAAUUACAUUCUUUGAUUUAUACCAUAGUUCUUCUACAGAUCAAGCUUAUGAUGUUUUAAAACAGUUAAAAUUACUACCAUUAACUGCUGAAGAAGUUGAACAUCGUGUUAAUACAUUCAGACAUUAUACAGAUGAGGUGAGAAGAUGUCUACCUGAUAUAUUACUAGCAGCUAUGAAUACAUUACACAGCCAAUAUAAAGCUCUCAGAUAUUACAAUUGUUUAUGUUUAUUUCAGUAUUUGAAUUAUUUACGAAGUCAAGCUCGUGUCUUAAUAAUGUUUGCUGGUAUGUUACCGUACAGACUACCUGGUGAUACUAAUGCCAGAUUAGUACAAAUUGAAGUACUCAUGAAUUAA